AUGGUUGGCAAUCUGUGGCAAUCUGUUGGUGAGCUCGAGGUGGAUCGUCCAGUCCAUAUUACAAUGGUGCGUCAGAAUUGGUACGACAUAGUUCCCCAUAACCGAGAACUGCGCAUUGUCAUGCCGCGCCAAAAGCCCCUUGCUGGGGUUGCCAGCUUCCUUUCUUGCCAUGAUCAGCAGAAUGCGGACUUAGUCUUAUCGCUUCUGAAAGAGUUGGCGUUUGUGGCCGAGACCCCGGUACAAAACAACCUGUGCCAUGAUCGCGCACUACACGACCGGCACAACCCGCAAUGGUCCGUGGGAAACCGCAUGCUCAUCCCCAAAAGCCUCGUCCUCGGCAUCCAGUUGAUCUUGCGCGGACUCAGCCCCGGGUCGCUCGUGAAGUUCACCUGGUGCUAUCCGUGGCUACCCAGAGGAAUCAUGAACUCGAAUGGCUAUAUCCCGCGGUUUCAGCCGCAGAUCGUAUCGCUGGAGCUGUAUACCCAGGCGGGCGAUGAAACAGGCACCGGCCGGUCUAGCAUCGCCGAAGAGAUCAGCGUUGACGGUCUUGUCCAACUACGCCACCUGACGUGCUUGGUGUGGCACGGAAUCUGCCCCCGCAGACAUGCCCUUGUCCUCGAUACAUGCAUCCGGCAGAACUCUGGGACGCUCGAGAGGUUGGACCUCAGGUUUUCGAGGCGCGCGGUGGAUCGCACGCCGUCGGUUGCACGUGCUCACGAUCGCGACCCUGUGGAGUUCUCUAAUCUACGGAUGCUCACGCUGGAAAAUGUGCCUAUCUCCGAAAGCGGG